GUUCUACCUUGUUUUCUUGGAGAAUCUAUAUUACCCCCGCAGGAUCCAAAAGAAGGUAGCCCUUCCUAAUUGUAAUGUUCGGCUAUAACAUUUUCGAUUUCUUGGUAAAGCUGAUAAUCUUGUCUUGUGUUCAAACUUUUAAGUGUGUGUUUGGUUUAUCAUUGGAAAAAGAAGAGAGUUUUAAGGGAGCACUUGUUUUAUAUACACUUUUGAAUGAAAAUUAGUGAAAUGCUUCCUCUAAGGACUUUUAAUGAUGUUCUCACUGAGGUUCUACCUUGUUUUCUUGGAGAAUCUAUAUUACCCCCGCAGGAUCCAAAAGAAGGUAGCCCUUCCUAAUUGUAAUGUUCGGCUAUAACAUUUUCGAUUUCUUGGUAAAGCUGAUAAUCUUGUCUUGUGUUCAAACUUUUAAGUGUGUGUUUGGUUUAUCAUUGGAAAAAGAAGAGAGUUUUAAGGGAGCACUUGUUUUAUAUACACUUUUGAAUGAAAAUUAGUGAAAUGCUUCCUCUAAGGACUUUUAAUGAUGUUCUCACUGAGGUUCUACCUUGUUUUCUUGGAGAAUCUAUAUUACCCCCGCAGGAUCCAAAAGAAGGUAGCCCUUCCUAAUUGUAAUGUUCGGCUAUAACAUUUUCGAUUUCUUGGUAAAGCUGAUAAUCUUGUCUUGUGUUCAAACUUUUAAGUGUGUGUUUGGUUUAUCAUUGGAAAAAGAAGAGAGUUUUAAGGGAGCACUUGUUUUAUAUACACUUUUGAAUGAAAAUUAGUGAAAUGCUUCCUCUAAGGACUUUUAAUGAUGUUCUCACUGAGGUUCUACCUUGUUUUCUUGGAGAAUCUAUAUUACCCCCGCAGGAUCCAAAAGAAGGUAGCCCUUCCUAAUUGUAAUGUUCGGCUAUAACAUUUUCGAUUUCUUGGUAAAGCUGAUAAUCUUGUCUUGUGUUCAAACUUUUAAGUGUGUGUUUGGUUUAUCAUUGGAAAAAGAAGAGAGUUUUAAGGGAGCACUUGUUUUAUAUACACUUUUGAAUGAAAAUUAGUGAAAUGCUUCCUCUAAGGACUUUUAAUGAUGUUCUCACUGAGGUUCUACCUUGUUUUCUUGGAGAAUCUAUAUUACCCCCGCAGGAUCCAAAAGAAGGUAGCCCUUCCUAAUUGUAAUGUUCGGCUAUAACAUUUUCGAUUUCUUGGUAAAGCUGAUAAUCUUGUCUUGUGUUCAAACUUUUAAGUGUGUGUUUGGUUUAUCAUUGGAAAAAGAAGAGAGUUUUAAGGGAGCACUUGUUUUAUAUACACUUUUGAAUGAAAAUUAGUGAAAUGCUUCCUCUAAGGACUUUUAAUGAUGUUCUCACUGAGGUUCUACCUUGUUUUCUUGGAGAAUCUAUAUUACCCCCGCAGGAUCCAAAAGAAGGUAGCCCUUCCUAAUUGUAAUGUUCGGCUAUAACAUUUUCGAUUUCUUGGUAAAGCUGAUAAUCUUGUCUUGUGUUCAAACUUUUAAGUGUGUGUUUGGUUUAUCAUUGGAAAAAGAAGAGAGUUUUAAGGGAGCACUUGUUUUAUAUACACUUUUGAAUGAAAAUUAGUGAAAUGCUUCCUCUAAGGACUUUUAAUGAUGUUCUCACUGAGGUUCUACCUUGUUUUCUUGGAGAAUCUAUAUUACCCCCGCAGGAUCCAAAAGAAGGUAGCCCUUCCUAAUUGUAAUGUUCGGCUAUAACAUUUUCGAUUUCUUGGUAAAGCUGAUAAUCUUGUCUUGUGUUCAAACUUUUAAGUGUGUGUUUGGUUUAUCAUUGGAAAAAGAAGAGAGUUUUAAGGGAGCACUUGUUUUAUAUACACUUUUGAAUGAAAAUUAGUGAAAUGCUUCCUCUAAGGACUUUUAAUGAUGUUCUCACUGAGGUUCUACCUUGUUUUCUUGGAGAAUCUAUAUUACCCCCGCAGGAUCCAAAAGAAGGUAGCCCUUCCUAAUUGUAAUGUUCGGCUAUAACAUUUUCGAUUUCUUGGUAAAGCUGAUAAUCUUGUCUUGUGUUCAAACUUUUAAGUGUGUGUUUGGUUUAUCAUUGGAAAAAGAAGAGAGUUUUAAGGGAGCACUUGUUUUAUAUACACUUUUGAAUGAAAAUUAGUGAAAUGCUUCCUCUAAGGACUUUUAAUGAUGUUCUCACUGAGGUUCUACCUUGUUUUCUUGGAGAAUCUAUAUUACCCCCGCAGGAUCCAAAAGAAGUUGAGAACAAAAUGCAAAUGGAUUCUUCGACAUGGGUGAAGAGGGAAAUGGAUUCUUUGGAAUCAGGUACAAUUGGUGAUGAAGCAUCUGAUGUCACUUCCCAAGCGAGUGGUGUGGCACAUCUAGAUGUCGCAUUGAAUCAAUCUGUCUCUGAAACUAGUUAUGUUGCUAGUGAUGACUGUAAGCAAUCAUGUGAGAAUACUGAAACUGCAAGCCUCGAAGUACUAGCCAGUGUACAAGAAGACCGCAGUGAUGUAGAAUUGAAUCAAGUAGCACCUGGAAAAUUAAAUGGUUUGAUUCAUGAAGAUAGUGAAUACAAUGAUCACGAACAAAGUCCUCAAAUCACCAAAAUCUUGAACCCGGUCACUGAGGAUAUCAAACAGAAUAAGACACUGUUUGAUGGGGUUAAUCAUUCUCAUAACAUUCAUGAUUUGGACGGCUGGCACGUACAUGAAUCAUACCGUGAUGAUCGACCGUUUUCUGCAGAUGAGAAUUGUGAUAGUCAGACUGCCAACCCAUCUUUUGGAAAUCAUUCUCCUGUGCAGUCUGUAAUCCAUCUUCACUCUGAAUCUGACUAUCAGAAAUCAAAUGCAAAUGGCACUUCAAAUCCUAGUCUCAAGCAAGACUGUUCUACGGGUGAGAUGAUUGUGAUUGAAGAUGGGUUGGUGGGGCAUACCAUAGUCACACAGUCAGGCCAACCAUGUAGUAUCGAACUUCUUGAAAAGAACAUUGAGGAUGCUAAAAGUAACAAGAUAACGUUAUUUUCAGCGAUGCAAUCAGUUAUCGAUAAGAUGAAGGCAUUGGAACAUGUGGAGAAAUAUGUUGAAAAAGUCAAAGAAGACUCUACCAAUGGAGAGUUAGAAAUUCUGGCCAAAGUGGAGGAAAUGAAGCAGAUUGUAGCCCGUACUAAGGAAGCAAAUGAUAUGCAUGCUGGAGAAGUUUAUGGAGAAAAGGCGAUUUUAGCAACGGAAACGAGGGAACUACAAUCUCGUCUGCUCAGCUUGUCUGAGGAAAGAGACAAAUCUCUUUCAAUUCUUGAUGAGAUGCAUGCCACAAUUGGAGCAAGAAUGACUGCAGUAGAGGCUGUGCUGAAAGUAAUACAGGAAGAAAACCUCGCUAAGGAAGAAUGUGCCCGAAAGGCUCUUGCCGAGCAAGAGGCCCUCAUGGAGAAGGUACUCGAGGAAUCAAGGAUACUACAACAGGAAGCAGAGGAGAAUGCCAAGUUGCGGGAGUUUCUCGUCCAUCAUGGACAAUUAGUUGAUAUAUUACAGGGAGAAAUUUCAGUUAUUGUUCAAGACGUGAGGCAUCUUAAGGAGAAGUUCGACUUGGAUGUACCAUUAAGCAAAUCUCUUUCCUCUAGUCAAACAAGCUGCAUUCUAGCUUCAUCAGGUUCAUCUCUAAAAAGCGCAGCUAGCGAUUUGGCACGUUUUUUCUCACCCUUAACAGACACAGCAUCUCAUCUGGAUGCUGAGAAAGGUUCGUCCUCGAAUCUCGAUAAGGAAGGAAGCCGAGCAUCCUCGUUCAUUAGCUCCAAAUCUAGCAUGUCAUCAAACAAUCUUAAAGAAGAAAGAUCAGAAAGAAACCAUUUGAAAGCAUGUUCAGAUGAUGGGUGGGAUGUAUUUGACAAAGAUGCUGAGUUUGCUGAUGCUCCACAUUUGGUGGAUGCAAAAGAGUGAGUGAAGUUUGAGGGAGUUUUGAAGAGUCCAGAAGUGAAGAUUUGUUGGGUUAGCCACUUGCUUUUAAGUUUUAUAUUCUUUUUCUGCUUCAGUUUUAAGUAGAAUUUUGGUACUUAGAAGGCAAAAUAAAUUUAAGUCUCAAGUCUUUAGAUAUAUUGUUUAUAUUAGUUUUGGUACAGUCUAUAAAGCAAUGGAUUGGAUAUUCGCUGCUCUUUGGAUCAUAAAUUUAGUGAUUAUAGAACCAGUUUGGAUUGGGUUUCUGUACUGACAUUUUGGUUUAUUCAAUUUCAACUUGGAUUCCCCAUUUUAAAUGAUAUG